AACGAGAACACCACCACCCAUUGGUCACAAGCGAUUCUUCCUCCUAGACAUAGAGUUGCUCUCGGAGGGCUGCACUCUGAGUAGAGCCAGUAAUCACCCGGCGCAUUCGCUACACAGGCAACAUGGCUCCCAAGAAGGAGCGUUACAAUGCAGCAGCCCGCUCCUCCACCGCUGGCGGUCGCACGCACAAAGGCAAAAAGGCCUCCAAGAAGAGCGCACACGGCAGCAGAUCAGGCGAAGGUGCGCAGCAUGAAGCUUCGACCUCAACGAUCGGCGGCACGCUCGAUCCCAACGCCCGGCUGAUCAACCCGGCAGCCUACGAAGCUCAGCGAGCAGUAGAGGAAGCGAGGAGGAUCGCUCGAAAGGCUCCGGCUGGCAUGUCAUCGAAGAAGCGCAAACGAUUGGAAGCUUACAUCGCAAAAGGUAUGGCCAAAGAUCGCAAGAAUGAUCUCUUGAAGAAGCUCAGCCAGAGCUCAGCCGAAGUGGGAGAUCGUUCGCUCUUCUUGUCUGCUUCCACCUUGGGUACGGGUCGAGCGAGAAGCGGGGCAGAAAGGUUGGAAGGGAUCAAUGAAAAGCAACAGAGGAAGAGGAGAAAGAGGGACAUCAAGGUUGGAAGAAUAGCAGAGGGCGAUCGAAGCGAUGAGGAGCCAGAAGACGAGGAUGAAGAUGCUAUGCUGGACGGCAGCAUACAUCGACCUACAGGGGAGCAGCUGGACGAUCCAGAACGACGUGCCCGUAUCAUGCAGGCAGCGAAUCGUUUCAAAACGAAGGAGGAGGAGGCUUCCGCCUCACCAAUUGCCCCGGAAGCCGAAGCGAUCUCAUCGAGGCCAAGUCAGCCCGAGAGGCCCACCUCACUGGGCUCAGCGCUUGCUCGAGGUCCAGAUGGUCGACCGAUCGCUCACGCUCCAAUGCGUAAGCGACAAAAGAAGCGCAAAGCCAAGACGCCGACCCCUCCUCUCGAAAGCAGCGACUUUGACAGCUCAGAGAGCUCGGCUUCGGAAGCGGAGAUUGGAGGCGAAGCUUCCGCGAACCUCGACGACGCCGGAUCCAAAACGGUCAUUCGAAAUGGACGCACUGCAGAACAAAGAGAUAGCAAUCAGAGCUUGCGCAAUGUGGAUGACCGCACACUGAUCGCGGCCAUGCGCGCUCGCGGUAUGGAUCCUGCCACUGUAUUCGGCAGCGACUUCGACGAAACACCUUCCGAGGUCGACGAGCACGACUCGAAGGAAGAAUUGGACGAAGAUGCCGAUGAAGAUUCAGAGGAGGACUCAUCUGAUCUUGCAGAUGGGGAUGUGGGCGAAGGCGAGCACGAGGACUCUUCGGCAUCAGUUUGGGAGGGAUUUUCGGAUGAUCCGACGCCUGGAGUUGAGUCCGCCUCUUCAGAAGUCCCCAUUCCAAAGGCAGAAGAAGCUCUCAACCACACUGUACUCAAGCCGCCAGAGACACCUGCAGAGCCAAGUAGACGAAGAGGAUUUAAAGAGUGGGCUCGCGCAGCUCUCGGGCUAGGCGCAGAUCCUCGAGCGAAAGGCGAAGACGACGCGUCUGUGUCCAACUCUGCGCACGAUGAAGGCCCAUACAAGGGCCCAGAACCUGUCAUGGGGCUUACGCAAAAGGUAAAGGACCUGAUGGACCAGGAUGAGCGGCCCCAAGGUCCUUUAGGUGCUGCAUCGUCUGAGCCGUUGACUCCAUUCGCGGCAAGGUAUGUAGAGGAGUCUAGCUCAAGCACAGUGGCGAUUCGAAGCGUCGACGUCAAACGUGCCGAAUCGAUCGACGAAAGCAGACGGCACCUCCCUAUACUGCAGGAGGAGGACCUGAUCACGCGAACAAUCAUGGAGAACAUGGUCACCGUGCUGUGCGGAGAGACGGGUAGCGGCAAGACGACGCAGGUGCCCCAAUUCCUGUACGAGCUCGGCUUCGGCACGCGGAAUAGUCUGCAUCCCGGAAUGGUUGGCGUCACGCAGCCUAGAAGAGUCGCUGCGCUAUCCAUGGCGACGCGCGUUGCCAACGAGUUGUCGUUGCCGCCCACCAAAAUCUCGCAUCAAAUCCGUUACGAUGCUACCGUCUCGCCCACCACUGCCAUCAAGUUUAUGACAGACGGUGUGCUGCUUCGGGAAUUGGCUGGUGACUUUUUGCUCAGCAAAUAUAGCGCGAUCCUGAUCGAUGAAGCGCACGAACGAUCUGUGAAUACCGACGUUCUGAUCGGAGUGCUCUCGCGAGUGGUCCGGUUAAGAGCGCAGCGCUGGAUCGACAAGAAGCCUGAUGCCAGGCCUCUCAGACUGGUCAUCAUGAGCGCGACCCUGCGCGUGGCGGACUUUGCAGAAAAUACGGUUCUUUUCCCAACCCCGCCUCCAAUCAUCAACGUCGAAGCGCGCCAGCAUCCUGUAAGUGUGCAUUUUGCCAGACGAACGCGACACGACUACUUGGAAGAAGCUACCAAAAAGGUCAUCAAGAUCCAUGCGAGGUUGCCGCCAGGAGGUAUUCUGGUCUUUUUGACUGGGCAGCAAGAAAUUGUGACCGUCUGUCAAAGACUUGAAAGGCGCUUCGGCAAAAGGGCGAUCGAGGAGCGGAGGAACAAGCGUGCAAGGGACCGUGAACGGUUCAAGCCUUCGGCUCGCGGCGCUGACGACGAGGACACUCUUUUUGAGGAAAGCAACGUCAAAUUCGACGCCAAGGAAGGCGAUGUCGAAGCUGAAGAAAUGCAGCUAGGACUUUCUAGCCCCUCCCAGGCAGCGGAUGGUGUAGGUGACCUUGCACCAGACGUCGAUGACGGUUUAUUCGAAGACGACGAUGCUCUCGAGACUGAUGACGGAGCAUCUGGUGUGCACCCCACUUCAGAAGCCGACCUGCCUCUGCAUCUUCAGGACGAUACUGACGUCCCGUUGCACAUACUGCCGUUGUACUCGCUCCUACCAUCCGACAAGCAAAUGCGGGUAUUCGAGCCACCUCCCGAGGGCACCAGGCUCUGCGUAGUCGCCACCAAUGUCGCUGAGACUUCUUUGACGAUUCCAGGCGUCUCAUACGUGGUAGACUGCGGACGUUCGAAAGAACGGUCAUACGACGCUACGACUGGAGUGCAAAGCUUCGAUGUCAGGUGGAUCAGCAAAGCAAGCGCUGCUCAGAGAGCCGGUCGAGCAGGACGUACAGGUCCCGGUCAUUGCUAUCGCCUCUACUCGAGCGCGGUCUUUGAAGACACCUUUUCGCCCUUUUCUCUGCCAGAAAUCCUGCGAACGCCCGUCGAAGGCUUGGUGCUUCAGAUGCACGCCAUGCACAUCGAGACCAUCGCCAAUUUUCCCUUCCCAACGCCUCCGAACCGCCGAGCUUUAAGUCGAGCUGAAAGGAUCUUGCUCCGUCUAGGCGCCUUAGAGAUGGUAAAGGCAGCUGGACCGGGACCAUUACAGAAGCCUCGGAUCAACGACUUGGGCCGAGCUAUGAGCUUGUUUCCUCUCACACCUCGCUUUGCAAAACUUUUAGUACAGGGUCAACAGCACGGCUGUCUCCCUUACAUCGUGGCUCUGGUAGCUGCGUUGAGUGUUGGAGACCCAUUCUUGCGUGAGCAAGCCCUCAACGAUCCUGCAGAUAAAGAUGGCAGCACCGAUAAGGAUAAUCUAGAUGGUUUGCCUGAGGAAGCGCGGCAUCUCACAAGCGAGCAAGCGAAGGAAGAUGAACGACGCAAGGAGCGCAGGAAACUAUUCUUUGCUGCGAUGAACAAGUUCAGUGCGCUUGGUGGCGGUGCGAGUGAUACUUUCAGGCUUCUUGCUGCGGUCGGAGCCUAUGAGUACGAGCGCGGAGGUGUAGCCUUCUGCGAGCGGAACUUCCUAAGGUCAAAGGCGAUGGAAGAAAUCCACAAGCUUCGCGCACAACUGUGUGCGAUCGUGCAGUCACGCGUAGCUCCAAGUGCGGAGGUCAGGUCGCUGUCGAAUCCCCAGCUUCCGCCGCCCACAGAGACGCAGCUCAAAGUUUUGCGACAGCUGCUGGUAUCUGCAUACGUCGAUCAAGUAGCUGUGAGGGCAGACUUGAUGCCAGAAGCUGCAGCUCGCGUGCUGUCACUGACAAACGAAGGCACCGAAGCUGGCCGACAGUACUCUCAUCAGCGACGAAAAGGAGCCAAGCUGACGUCUACACGAGGCGUUGCGUAUCUGGUGCGAGCAGCACCUGGUCAAGCGUGCUUCAUUCAUCCCACAUCGACGCUUUUUCAUGGCGCACCACCGCCGUGGAUCAUCUUCGACGAGAUGCACGUCUCCUCGUCAAAUAAGGAGAAGGUCUGGCUAAAGAUGUGCACAAGGAUCAACCCGGCGUGGCUCUCCACAUUGGCUCGCCCCUUGUGCUCCUUUUCCAAACCUGCAGAGCCGUCUGGGGGCACGGCAGCGACGAUCGCUGCUGCUGCCAGGCUGAACGCGGCAAACGGCUCAAGCGUUGGCGCUCAAAGGGACGUCGUGGUGGUGCCCACUUACGGCACUGGACCGGCAUGCGAGCCCGAUGAAAGAAACUCUGCCCCGGGUUGGGAGCUGCCGCCCAUGAAGGCGGUGCAGAAACUUGUCAAUGGCCGUUGGGUGACAAACUUGCCCUAGACGAAGCUUGGACGGCUGUAGCUUGCUACGCCGACACGAAGACCACGCUCGUCACGAAAGGUUGCAAUAUAAAUCACAAUGGAGUCACACAAGUGAAGAGCGUUUCACGAAGCACAACAUUGUGUUGAGACAGGUCAAAUAGCGUCGAUCAUCUUGAUUGCGACGACGGAAGAGCGUCUUCGAAAAAUGUACCAUGUGGCGGACGGGUAUCCGCUGUGCGCUGCAGCAGCGUAAAUUCGCGUUGUUCAAAAUGUCGGUGGAGAAUAGUUCGACAGGGGAUUUACUGUAGUGAAUUGUCAAGAGG